GCACUCUUAAGAGUUAGUGUGUAUAUAUGUAUACAUACAUAUGUAUACGUGUGUGUGUAUAUACGUAUGUAUACAUAUGUGUAUAUAUAGAGAGAGAGAGAGAGUGCAUCAUGUACCUCUAGGAUGGCACGAGGGUGAGUAAAUUGCAUACAUUACAUUUUUGGGUGACCUAUUCUUUAACAAUAAACAAACAAGCAAUCAAUCAACACCAGUAUUAGUUUAACAACUCCUAGAGUUAGAAAACACAUUCAUGUAUAUAUUAAAGAAAAAAAUGUCUGCUUUGUCCCUCAUCAAGACAAUUAAACUCUCAUCUCUCCAGUCAGACUCUGUGAAGUGUUUCCCGCACACGUACGUACUCCCUUUUAAAACUGCAGAACUUUUGCCUUCAUCCCGCCGAAUAGCAUGAAUCCACAUUUUCUUCGCUUUUUCAUCGGUUGGAAAAGAAUGGAAACUGAGAUACGGCUGUUUAGUUGAACUAUUAGAACAUUUAGGAACGCAACAACAAUUCCUCGCUGUGCUCGCCGCCAUUGCUACAGACUAAACCGGAAGUCGCUUUACGCUACUAUCCGCCAUUGGAAGUGACAACACGAGCACUGUGAUAAAGGCCUAUUCUGUUUAUGUAAACGUAUGUCCACUUUAAGUGAACAUUAUUGUGCAAAACAGCAGUAAUUGAACUAAAUCCAACCUCAACUGUAAACGACAGAUGUAUCCUCAAGUGAAGAACAAGUGUAAUGUAAUUGCUAUACACAUCAUAUUGGACCGCUUUCUAUUUAAGUACAAGUGACCGGUUUCUCUUCAAGAACAAAAGUUGCUAAACUUUCUGACAGUCUCUCCUGUCUGAAAGCUCAUCAAGAACAUGAGAUGCUGCACUGAACAGUCUCUCACUCUCUGUGCUGGUGCUUGGGCAGAUACCUGUGCGCAAUCCGCGCAAGCAAGGGAAAGCCGUCUUUGUUUAUGCGACCGUAGUCAAGGGUAGUGAAGUGUGCGACCGUAGUCGCUUCUGGCGUAGUUCCGGUAGAUACGUCUCAAGUUGUGGUGUAGCUGCGCUAGUUGUGGCACUGCUGUGGAUCGGGGCACUUUCCUGUAGAAUCUCUUGCUGUACUCUGUAUAUCUUGAAAGCUGUGCUGAACAAACACUGCAGAUCGCAAAUUUGAUGUCCUUAUCAGAAACUUUGAAUAAUUCCCACACCGCUGACAUGAUCGGCCUUUGUUUGGUAGCGCCGUGAUAAGGGCUAGAUCGAUCAAGAUUGAAAUCUGAGCACUGAGGGGCGGGGCGAGGAGGUAUUUUCGGCUAAUAUUUUCGGCCUUUUUUCUCUUUCGGCCGAAAAUUUUCGGCGUCCGAAAUUUCGGUGCAUCCCUACUGAGAAUGAAAACAGAUGUUCAGGAAGAAAUAAGCUGUUCUUCAAACAACGUUUUGUAGAAGAAGAAUGGAAAUCUCCAGCUCAUUUGUGUUGUUUACAGUCUUUGCCAUGUUGAUGUUGGUCAGAUGGUGGAGGAAAGCAAGUGGACUUACUCUACCUCCGGGACCUUUGGCACUGCCACUGAUUGGUAACUUAACGAUGAUAGAAAAGCGUGCACCCUUUAAAAGUUUUAUGAAGUGGAGUAGAACUUAUGGACCUGUGAUGACGGUGUACCUUGGGCCCCAGAGAGUGGUGGUGCUGGUCGGUUAUGAUACAGUGAAGGAGGCCCUAGUGGACCAAGGUGAAGACUUUGCCGGCAGAGCCCCCAUUCCCUUUCUCCAAAGAAUUGUGAGAGGCUACGGUCUGGUCAUCAGUAAUGGCGAACGUUGGCGUCAAUUGAGGAGGUUCACUCUCACCACACUGAGGGAUUUUGGGAUGGGACGCAAAAGAAUGGAUCAGUGGAUUCAAGAAGAGAGCAGACACUUGCUGAACAGUUUUGAGGAAACCAAAUCUGCACCAGUUGACCCGACCUUCUUCCUGAGCCGAGCUGUGUCCAAUGUGAUCUGCUCCUUGGUGUUUGGGCAGCGCUUUGAUUAUGAAGACAAAAACUUCCUGCACUUACUCCAGAUCAUCUCCAGACUCUUGCGCUUUGCCAGCAGCACUUGUGGCCAGCUCUACAACAUCUUCCCUCGACUAAUGGAAUUCUUACCUGGGAAUCAUAACAAAGUGUUUAGAGAGACAGAUGACAUCAGAUCCUUUAUUAUGUCUAAGGUCAAAGAGCACGAGCAGACUCUGGACUUCAGCGAUCCAAGAGACUUUAUUGACUGCUUUCUUAUCAGACUCAAACAGGAGAAAGACAAUCUUGAGACAGAAUUCCACAAAGAGAACUUGACUGGGACAGUUUUAAAUCUGUUUGCAGCUGGUACGGAGACCACCAGCACAACUAUCAGAUAUGCCCUGAUGCUGCUGAUCAAGCAUCCACACAUACAGGAACAAAUUCAGAAGGAGAUUGAUAGAGUUAUAGGACCGAACAGAAGCCCUACAAUGGACGACAGGAAGUCCCUCCCAUUCACUGAUGCUGUGAUUCAUGAAGUGCAGCGAUAUCUGGACAUUGUCCCACUCAGUAUUCCUCAUUACAUCACAAAAGACAUCUCAUUCAGAGGUUAUAUGAUACCAAAGGACACAGUGAUUAUUCCCCUGUUGCACUCUGUCCUAAAGGAUGAAGGACAGUGGGAAACCCCUUGGACAUUCAACCCUGAACACUUUUUGGAUGCCAAUGGCCAUUUUAAAAAGAAUCCAGCCUUUAUCCCCUUCUCUGCAGGUAAACGCUCUUGUGUUGGCGAGUCUCUAGCUCGUAUGGAGCUCUUUCUGUUCAUCGUGUCUCUGCUUCAGAAGUUCAAUUUCAGUAGUCCAAAUGGUCCAGAUGACAUUGAUCCCAGUCCUGAACUAAGCAUCUUCGCCAACACGCCUCGAUUCUAUCAGCUCAUUGCCGCCCCCCGCUGA